GUCAUUUUUUAUUCUGUGAUUAGUUGAAUGUCGUUUAUCUGUUGAGUUCUUGAAUGUUUGAUAUUUUCAAAAAUAAUUUAGAAAUAUUGUGAUUAUUGAAAGUGAUAUUUCUGAAAUAAAUUCCACUAAACUUUCAUUGAAAAAGGUUAAUAUUUAAACAGAUUCUUGUUUUUUUAAAAACAAAAUGUCGAAAAAGAAAAAAUCAAUUAACAAACGAUCCCUGUCACCUACCAGUUCACCUGAAAUGAAUGUUAAUCUGGAAUUAGAUAUAAAAGCAUUACGAGGGAAAAAUAAACAACUAACCCAGGCUGUUGCAAAACUUCAACAGGAAAAGGCAUUUCAUCUAUCCCAGAUGACAACACUACAAAAGGACUUUUUCACGUUGAACUCCAAAUAUGUUAAUUUGAAAAGUAUAUUUUCAACAAUUGAUGCUACCAUGAAAGGAUGCUUUUCCAAACACAUUGAGCUUGUGAAUUCAUUGGGAACAGUAGUGCGGCUCUGUGCACUUGGAGCUACUGCCAGCAACCUCAAUAAAGGCUCAACUGAAGGCACAUUGAGUAUUGUUCCUAGUGAUGUGUUUGCUAUUGGUGGUGUACUGGCCUUGGUUUUGGGUAUGAUGGUAAUGUGCAUCACCUCUCUUGUUGAGACUACCAAUUUUCUUAUUUUCAAUGAUCCUGAUUUUAUGGUGAUGUAUACUUGCGAUCUGUUUGCAGCUUUUGAAGUGGAUGUUGUGAUUUGUAUCAAGGUGGUGUUUGUAUACGGCUGA